AUGGAGCUCCCCCAGUGGAAGCCUCGCCCACGGUUGCUGUUUCUUGCGGUGGCACUAGUCUGGCCCCAGUGCUGUGUGAGCCUGGAGCUGAUCCCCUACACGCCGCAGAUAACAUCCUGGGACCUGGAAGGGAAGGUCACGGCCACCACGUUCUCCCUGGAGCAGCCGCGUUGUGUGCUGGAUGGGCAUGCCAGUGCUGCUGACAUUGUCUGGCUGGUGGUGGCCUUCAGCAACGCCUCCAGGGACUUCCAGAACCCACAGACAUUGGCUGAGAUACCAGCCUCCCCCAGGCUGCUGACCAAUGGCUACUACAUGACGCUGCCCCUGUCACUGGACCAGCUGCCCUGCGAGGACCCUGUGGGUGGCAGCGGUGCCCCUGUGCUGCGGGUGGGCAAUAACUCUGACUGCCUGGCAGACCUCUACCAGCCGUCCUACUGCAAUGCCCCUCUCCCUGGCCCUGGACCUUACAGGGUGAAGUUCCUUCUUGUGGAUACCAGGGGCUCACCCCAGGCCCAGACCAGGUGGUCCGACCCCAUCAUUCUCCACCAAGGAAAGUCCCCAGCCUCCAUUGACACAUGGCCAGGACAGCGAAGUGGUGACAUGAUCAUCAUCACCUCCAUCCUCUCUUCUCUGGCCGGCCUCCUGCUCCUGGUCUUCUUAGCAGCCUCCACUGUGUGCUUCUCCAGCCUGUGGUGGCCUGAGGAGGCCCUAGAGCAGCUACGGACUGGCUCCUUCAUGGGCAAACGCUACAUGACCCACCACAUUCCACCCAGCGAGGCUUUCACCCUACCUGUGGGCUGUGAACCUGGCCUGCACCCCCUGCCCAGCCUCAGCCCCUAGCCUGGCCUAUGUGGCUGGGGCUGGGGAAGUGGGGGGUGCACACCCACACGCUUCCUCCCCCGUCGCACUCCCUCACCUGCUUGAAAUCCUACAACUGGCAGCCCUGACUGGCUUGCCCAUUUUCCACUCUCCAGGCAACUGAAGUUGCAUAAAGGGGAGUUCGGGGGAGGGCCAUGGCCAAGCUGGACAUCCAGCCGCCACCUCCAUCCCUACCUCUGUUCUGCCUGCUGUCCUAUGAGUGAGGCUGGAGGUAAUGUGGAGAGGCUGCCCUGACCAAAGCUUCCAGGCCCCAGGAGAAGGCCUGCAGUGUCAUUGCUCUGCCCUGUGCAGGAAGCUGAGCUGGGCUCAUUAUGGAGUGAUGAGCCUCCUUCUGUCCUGUCCCAUCUGCCAGUGGCUGGGGCUGCAAUGAAUCCUUUAGAGAGGCACUAGCCCUUAUGAGGCUGGCUGGAAGGUCAGACAGUGUAGAAGCACAUUACGACUAUCUGGCCUCUGAUUUGGGCCACCACUUCUACCCCUCUUGCACAUGUAGAUGGCUCACACACUUAUCCACUCACUUUCAUUCCACACACAUUUGUUGAGCGCCUGCUACCACACACAGUGUUAGACACAGUGCCUCAGGCAGAUCUUGGGGAGCUCACCAGCUGCUCUGGACCUCAAAUAACCACGUGUCAUGUGUGACCUGUUACUGUUGAGGGACUGUCAUGCCCUCAGAUUGUCACCUGCCCUCGGGCUCACACUCCCUCGGACAGUGGGCUCUCUGGGGUACAUGACCACCCCAUCAAAGGGAGUACAGCCUUCAUUCCCCCAGUGUCCGUCUCUACAAAGCCGGUAGUACCCGUCUUGGCCACAUUAGGGCGCCAGUGCACCGCAGCUGUAGCCGCACAGCUCCGCGCAUGCGCAUUUCAGGGCGCUGUUGCCUGGCAGACUAAGACAUGGUGACUUAUUGUCAAAGAGCAGCUGCCACUCAGCGAGGUCUUCUGG